CAUCUGUCGCAUUGAACAGGCACUGCGGUAGGCAUCUAUGACUUCACUCCGGGUCCUUCUUGUGUUAGAAGAAACAUGGCGGCGUCCAUGCUGUGCAGGAGGACGGCUGCCUUAUGUAGGACUUUAAAGGACUUCUCAUCUUGUAAAGCUGUGCUUUCUGUAAACUCUCCGUGUGGAUCUUUAUCACAAACAGCGUCCUAUAAUCCCAAACCUCUAAAGCUGAACCUCCGGAACCCGUACAUCCCGGACAAGGACAGCGAGAAGACGCCGGAAUGGCAGAAGACAGCCCGCUACGAUAAGAAGCUGUUCGGUCGGUAUGGCUCUGUGUCGGGCAUCGAUCCUGCAUCUCUGUGGCCCACACAUGAGGAGCUGGAGAAGAUUAUUGCGGAGGAAACCCAGUGGCAUCCCCCGCUAGAGGUGAUGCUGAAGAACAUAGAAGCCAGGGAGAAGGAGGAGAGGGAAAAACGGCUGGCGAGAGAGAAGCUCAUUGCCGCAAACAUGGCCAAAAUGCCCAAGAUGAUAGCAGACUGGCGCAGAGAAAAGCGUGAAACCAAACAGAAGCUAAAGGAGGAAAAGGCUCGCCGUACAAGGUUGCUGGCUGAGGCCAGAGAGCGUUUUGGCUAUGCAGUGGACCCCCGCAGCCCCAAGUUCUUGGAAAUGGUUGCUGAAAUAGAAAAGGAAGAGAAGAAGAAGAAGAAACUAAUGAAACGCAGACUGAGAGAGGAACAGGCAACAGGCUCCGAUGCACCUCCUGCUGCCUCCUCAUAGUCUUGGACCGAGUCGUUAAAGACGUAAAUAACUGUUGGGCCUGGGUCAGAUUGUGUUUGAUAGUUUAAGGUGUGCUGUGUAGUACAGUUCAAUGGAACCGUUCAAAUGGCUAAAAAUAAGUUUUGUCCUUCUGUGAAGAUGUGACGAUUCCAACUUUCAACUUAGUUUUUCAGGACUGCUCCAGAUAAAUACAACCUCUGCACAGAUGGUGUGGGUGUGUUUAAAACAUGACACGAGGCCAAGUUCAGCAAUUUUCAUGAUUGCAGAUAUCCAUGAGAACAAUUUAUUUAUACAAAAAUAAUUUUUACACUCAAGUUUUCUGAAAAGCGCACGUCGUGUCUCGGCACCGACGCGCUGAGUGUGAACAGCAGUAAGCCGUAGUUUAGCCUCACUGGCUCUGCCGUGCUCUUAUGCUGCACCCGUACAGAAUGGGCGCGCAGUGCACGAGCCAGUCCUCCUUCAUGCUCGUUAUCUUUGUCUAAAAUAUGUUUGUGCAGCUGCACAUGAAAUGCUCUAGCCAUCUCAACACCUCAUACACUACCAAACCUGUGGCAGUAGCAGCGUCUAACCCUGUAAGGUCCAAGUUCUCAUCGGUGAUGAUGAA